UUUAAUGUUUUUCGUCUGAGAACCUCAAGAUUGAGAAACGAGAGCAUUUGGGACUCCCUUAGCAGCUUCUCUACUUCAUUCACCGAUCUCGCUCUCUGUGAGCUCAGGGGUUUCACCGGAAAUGGCGUUCUUGCUUAACAAAACCGGCGUCGUUUCUCAUUUCCGAUCUCAUAUUUCCCAGAAGACGGAGGACGCGCUCUCUCUCGCGCGCCGCGCGUACCACAUCGAACCCGGGCCUCGCGAGAAAGCCCUCUUGGAAAAGGACCCAGUCUUGAAGCGAUUCAAAUCGCAUAAAAAGAGUGUGUGGCGGCUUAAAAGAGUUGCUGAUGUUGCCACUAUUGUUGUUGUCGCAGGUUGCUGCUACGAAAUAUAUGUUAAAGCAGUAAUGAGAGAAGAAGCUCGCAAACAAGCAAAGGCUGAAGGUGGAAGUGCAUAAUGAAGUGUAAUAACUCUGCCGCACUUAUUUUCCCAAAAAAAAAAAAGGAAUAAGAAAAGGAAUGUAAAGUUGUUUGGCCAUGUUGUUGUUAGACCUUCUGGUUUUUUUGUUGGUUAGACCUUCUGGCUUUUUGAGGGUUUAAAUAAGCAGUAAAAACGUGGUAUGAAAUGUUUGAACUCAACCUUCUGCUAUUGGGUUUUAUUUUAUUAAA